AUGGUCAUCAAUGCAAGAUCUCUUGUUAAAGUUGAUGCUGCUUCUGCUUUGCAUAUGGAAUUGCACUCAAACAACUGCGAUAUUUGCAUCAUCUCCGAGACAUGGCUUAAACCAAAUUUUCCAUCUCAUCUCAUUUGUCCGAAGGAUUACUCAAUUUUGCGAAAGGAUAGAAUUGACCGGUCAGGCGGUGGUGUUGCUAUUGUCUGUAGGAGCGAUUGGUUAUUCGAACGAUUAGGCAGCGUUUUUCAUAAUGCCUUUGAAUGCUUGUGGGCUAAGAUUACAACUCCCAACUCAAGUUUUUAUGUGGCUGCUGUUUAUCAUCAUCCAGAUCCGCCAUAUUGUCCUGAUGAUUUAUUGGAACAUCUACCAAAUAGUUGUGAUCGUUUAUUGACUGGUAAUCCUAACAGCAACCUCAUAAUUUGUGGUGACCUCAAUCAGCUAGAUUACAAUGAUUUUCUUACACAACUAAAUUUAUUCCAGAUGGUGAAUACACCGACAAGAAAGAACAAAAUUUUGGAUGUUUUUAUAACUAACGUCCCACAUUUUUGGAGGAAAGUAUCGGUCACUCAAGGACUAGUUCGAUCUGACCACUCUAUGGUCCUGGUAUAUCCCAGAAUCCCACUUAAGGCUGAAAGGAAAACUGUGAUGUUUAGAGAUGUUCGUGAUCAUCAUAAACUGGAUAUGGACAAACUGUUGAAGUUUCAUAACUGGGACAAUGUUUAUCAAUGCGGAGAUGUGAAUGGAAAACUUAAUCUUUUUUGUACCAAGAUUAAGUCCAUGUUUGAUGAGUGUUUUCCGCGUAUAUCAGCACGUGUGUCUAAUAGAGACCCCCCAUUCUUUUCUCCUCUAAUCAAACAUCUACUGGACCAACGGCGAAAAUUGAUUCAGCGAAGUAACAUAUCAGGAAAUUCUGUUUCGAUUGAGAUCCAAACUCUUCAAGAGAAAAUCAACAAGUUGAUCAGAGAUAAUCAAGUUCGGGCAGUUAAAGGGAAUUUUGAGAAACAUAGUGCAGGAUCCAAAUCUUGGUGGUCAACAGUUAAUUCCCUGACAGGAAGGAAGUCUACCAACUCGCAAGUAAGCUCAAUUAUCUCCCCGAGCGAGAUCAAUAAUUUUUUCUGUUCCAUUAACACUGAUCCCCUUUAUAAACCCAUUGACACUGUCACUAUCCCGGAAUCAAGCGAGAUGCCUGUUUUAACGGUCUCCAGUGUUACCAGGAGUCUACUGAAAUUAAAAAGAACUGCCUCUGGUCCAGAUGGAAUCCCGUACUGGUUUUGGAAAGAGUUUGCGUACGACCUCGCUCCUGUUGUUACCCAUAUUUUCAACUGUUCUUUGGAAAACCACAUUGUGCCUGAUCUUUGGAANCGCAAGAGAAGACAAAGAGUGCGCACGCGAAACAACAGUAAAGAGUGUGCCUCUCUACGCUUGCCAGAUAUCAGUUAA